AUGACUGGAUUAUUGCAUCGAGCUUUUAGUGUCUUCUUGUUCAACACUGAAAAUAAGCUUCUGCUACAACAAAGAUCAGAUGCUAAAAUCACCUUUCCAGGUUAUUUUACCAAUACUUGUUGUAGUCAUCCAUUAAGUAAUCCAGGAGAGCUCGAAGAAAAUGAUGCAAUUGGAGUAAGGCGAGCAGCACAGAGGCGUUUAAAGGCUGAAUUAGGGAUCCCCAUGGAAGAGGUUCCUCCAGAAGAAAUUAAUUAUCUAACACGAAUUCACUACAAGGCUCAAUCAGAUGGUAUUUGGGGGGAACAUGAAAUUGAUUACAUUUUGUUUGUGAAGAAGAAUGUAACUUUGAAUCCAGAUCCCAAUGAGAUUAAGAGCUAUUGUUAUGUGACAAAGGAAGAGCUAAAAGAACUUCUGAAAAAAGCAGCCAGUGGUGAAAUUAAGAUAACUCCAUGGUUUCAAAUUGUUGCGGAGGCUUUCCUCUUUAAGUGGUGGGAUAACUUAAAUCAUUUGAGUCAGUUUGUUGACCAUGACAAAAUACACCGAAUGUGAAUUUCAGGUGGAGAUGAAGGGUUAGUAAAAUACUGAAAAAUUUCUCUACUUUGUAAACUUAACAUGAUUUUUUAAAAUUUGGUUCCCCGUAAGAACUCUCACUUGGAACACUGAUACUUUACAAUCAGUAUUUGUGUGGAAAAAUACAACCAACUUUUUGAUUUUAUAUUACAUCCCCCAUAUGUGUGCAUUGCUAUUUGUAAAAGACAUUUAUGAGAGGCUAUCGUAAAAAAACGGCAAUUUAACUUGUCUAAUCACAGUGCUAACAUACUUGAACAAAUAAAUGAAGCUCUUCAGUUUUCAUAUGUUGUGAUAAACAUUGUCAGCACACUUGAGAGCACUUUGCUCUUUGCCAAAUGCAUUAUAAAUCAUUAAAUUUUUACCAUAGUCUGGAAAAAUGUACAGUGGGAACUCU